GUUCGCUUCGCGGUUGCACGCAUCCUCUUCCACAGCAGCGAGCGCGAUCUCGGCACCCUAUCGAGAGCGUACACGUCAAGCCGUUAGUAGGUGACCUCGAAAGCGAUCUAGUAAGGCCUUGAAUUACAAAUAAGUGGUAGUCGGUGGCUCACCUGACGCAAAUUUACGCUCCAGUGCCAAUUGGAACUGAACAUCUCUAUCGGAUUGUCGUUCGUUUGCUAAAUUUGUUUGGUAGUGCCACAAAAGCGGUUCCCUUAUCUCAAUAUGUCUUGGUACUAUACGCCCGUUCCGACCGUGGUGCCGGCUGAGAAUUUCAACCCAUCGGCAGAUGCUGCAGCGCUGCGGAAAGCUAUGAAGGGGUUCGGUACCGACGAGCAAGCGAUCAUCGAUAUUCUGUGCUCGCGAUCGAAUGCACAACGGCAGGCCAUACUGAAGGCAUUCAAGAACGAGCUGGGUCGCGAUUUGAUCAAAGAUCUGAAAUCGGAGCUUGGCGGCAAGUUUGAGGAUGUGAUUCUCGGCCUGAUGUUGCCACCGGUGGAAUACCUGUGCAAGCAGCUGUUCAAAGCGAUGGAUGGUAUCGGGACGGACGAGAAGGCUCUUAUCGAGAUACUUUGUUCGCAGAACAACGAACAGAUGCACGAGAUUGCGCGUGUCUACGAGGAGAUGUACAACAGGCCGCUGGCCGAACAUGUUUGUUCCGAAACAUCCGGUAAUUUCCGUCGGUUGCUAACGCUGAUCAUUACCGGGACGCGUGAGGCACCGGGCACGGUUGACCCGCAGAAGGCAGUGGAACAGGCCCAACAGCUGUACAAUGCUGGCGAGGGCCGAUUCGGUACAGAUGAGACCACGUUUUAUAAGAUUCUGGCCCAUUCCUCCUUCGAUCAGCUAGAGUACGUGUUUGAGGAGUAUAAGAAAAAGACGGGCCGAACGAUCGAGCAGGCGCUGAAAGCGGAGCUGAGCGGGGAUUUCUAUGAAGCGCUCAGUGCGAUCGUCGAGUGUGUCCAGAUGGCACCGCAUUUCUUCGCCAAAAAACUGUUCCUGGCGAUGGAUGGUAUGGGCACGGACGACAAGACACUGAUACGCAUCAUCAUCAGCCGGGCGGAGAUUGAUCUGCAGAACAUCAAGGACGAGUACGAGCAGAUGUACAACAAAACGCUGCUGAGUGCGGUGAAGAGCGAAACUUCCGGAGACUACAAAAAGGCUCUGUGUGCCAUCAUUGGCAAUGCAUGAAGAGAAUGCAGCAACCGAUAAGGAACAUUUGUUUGAGCUCUAGCUUUAUACAAAACGAAUCUCCUCAGCAUGCUGCGGUCUGGGAAACGGGAGUCAACCGACACACGUGCCAAUGUUUUAUGUUUCUAUACACAAAAGCAUCCAUUACAUUCUAUAUUGCAUGACUUUUUAAAUCACUUAUGUACUGUUAUUCGGUAUAUGAACAAAAUAUUUCAAAAUAUA